AUGCUUGCCUCUCACGGUCGUGGCGGCGCUGGCAACAUGGCCGAUUCAGCCACCACAGAAAAGACAGACCCCAGCAAGCUCCAGACUCCUGUCUUGAAGGGCCCCGUUGUCACCACCGGUCGAGGUGGUACAGGCAACAUGGCCAAGAACGACGAUCCUCGCGAGACUCGCAAGCGUCAAGACGUUGAAGCUGUGCCCCGACGUCCUUCUUAUGGUACUCAGUACUCAGGCCGCGGUGGCGCUGGCAACGUCUUCAAGGACAAGGACGUGCAGCUUACACGCAAGGCCAGCAACGAAGCUGUUAUCACUGACGUCGAUGAACCCAGCUGUGCUCUCUCAAGGACUUCUGACGCCUCUUUCCUCAAAAGGGGGCCUUAUUGUCUUUCCUAUAAGCCUUAA